AUGUCAGGUGACGUCGCAGAAUUGGACAAGUCGCUCAAUCAUCUCGACGGGAAGGACCCCCAGGACACCGACGCUUCGCGUACUCACGACGACGGCGAUCAAGUACUGUCUUCUUCCUCUACCCCCGGCUCGGACGCGGCGGGUUCUGCGGGUGCGGAUACGCUCACGGAGGUCACUCGAGACGUUGUAUCAUCUCCCCCCACCGAUCGAACCCCUGAUGCUCUUCCCUCGUUCACCCAUCCCGAUUUCUCCAUCCAAACGAACGACGACUUUCUGCUAGUUACCGACGACGACGUCGGCUUCUAUGUCAACCGAGAUUUCCUCCUGGAGCACUCUGAUUUCUUCCGCGACUUUGAGGAGAUGGAUUCAGAUAUCAGACAAGACGACGAUGAUGGGAAAGGUCGUACCCAAGCCGUGCGAAGAGAUAUGCCGGGGGCACUGUCAAACGGCUUGAGGGUGGUGUUGCUCAAGGUCAAAGAGACACAAUACUGGCCUGACCGCUAUGACAAGAAGCGAAGAGUGUUCCGCUCCCAGCGAAUCUGGGAGUACGAUCAUGAGGAUCUGGCGCUCGCUUUCAGGAUCGCCAACCAGUACGGCUUCACCAGAUUCUCAGCCCAGGCUCGCUUGAGCAUCCCCAAACCGUCUAUUUGGUUCCAAUACCUCUACGCCGCGUUCGAGGCCGACGAAACGGCUGCUAAAGCCAUUGCAAAAUCAACUCUGUAUUUCGACCUUAGGGAGUCGUGUCCGCAGCCCAUACUUCCCGUCCUUGACAAGCACCACGCCCCAUAUGCCGCGCUUUUGAGAGAGAUACACCGGCGAAGCCCAUUCUCCAGGUACAAAGACCCUUAUUUCCUCUCGCCGUCCUUUGAUGCCAACCAUGACCUCCUGGAAAAGUCACAAGCUGAUUACAAGGUCAAGAGAUUUGUGGAGUGCGGUGGGGAGGAGUGUAGUUGCAAGACAUCUGGAUCUUGGUGGGCGAUCGCCAGUCGGUCGGGUGGGAAGGCUCUCCGACGCACUCUCGCUUCGCGGUUUUUGGACCACGAUGACGAUGGCCUGUGGUCUGAAAUCGACAAGUCAAUCAGGCUCUCUGUCGAUUGUCUAGACUGCGGUGAUUCCGUUAUACGAUCUAUCAAGCCCCUGUGGGACGAAUUAGCCGCUCUUUGGCAGUGA